AUGUUGUCAGAAAGGUUUGCCAAAUAUGAGAAACAACUCAGUGAUGCACUCACCAGACCUUUAGAAUCCCUGUUUGAAGUUUGCAAAAAUGAAACAAAGUUCACAAUGGUUUUCAAUGAUGAAGAUGGUUUAAAACCAAGAUCUUUAAAAAUUCUAUCAGUCAUGGCAGCCAUACGCCCAGACAAGCAGGAAGACAAUAUUGAGGAAUUACUAUUUUCCUUACUCAUAGAUGGAACUGUUGCUGCUGUUCCAUCUUCCGAAGAUAGAAGUGUAGGAGCUACCAUGGACCCCCUUGCUGCAAACAAAUGGGAAGAGGAGGCUCAGGAGUUGAUAUAUAGGAGGCCAUCUUUUCUUUGGAGAACUGCAGAAAAUGCAGGGGCGGCAGCAGCAGGGACGGCAACAGGGGUGGCACUGGUAGCUGUGGGGCCAGCUGGUGCGGUAGGAGGGACAGUUGAGUUAGUUUUAGCAGCAGCUGCCACAGGAAUGAGGCGACAGGAAAUUGCUUGUGUAUACUUUUGUAUUGAUCAGAUUGAAGGGCUUAUGGAAAUCUUGGGCUACAACAAUCCUGUCUAG